GGCAGCUAGGCCUGUUAGUCCGGUUCAGAGUUUGUGUGGCCCUGAAGCAAAGCAUCCCUAAAUGUACAUACCUACAAUUUAAUGUUUCACUGAGGUGGGCUACACCUGAGACGCGAUUUGCCCGGCGGCUGGCCUCACAAUUGCAAUCCUUCCGUCAUCUGUCAUAAUUGCAUUGAGUGCAUUUGACGUUUCCAGCCCAACUUGGAAAGUUUAUUACCUUAGCCAACCUUCUUUUCUUACUACUUCGUUUACAAUUCCAUUUUAUUCUUCCCUUUCUGUCUGUUCGACUCGGAAUCCUGCAGUGCGAAUUCUGCAACUUCCCGUCUUCGUUGCGACUCGUUUUUCUAUUGUAUUUUCUUCCAUCUCAUCUCAUUCCGCUUCCUCUUCUUUUUCUUCUUAGAAUUCGUAUUUCCCCCCCCUGCGCUUCUUGCGGCCGCAGCGACCAUUUUUCAAUCCUAUUCGUUCCCACUUUACCUACCGUAGUGUACCGUGGAAGUGCGUCACUUGUUGUUGGUCCGAGCCGUGGUUGGAGAAACGCCGCGCCAAACGGAUAGUGACAAGAAUACAAGACUCGAUUAUCUCACGAAUUAUACAAAGACACACCGCGAUCUAGGCGUAUCAAGCUCCCUGUUGCAGAAAAAAGAGCAGGUCACUCUGUUGGGUUGCGCCAUUUCUCUGAUUUCUUACCUGCAUUAGAAUUGGCUUAGAUCAGUACGUUUAUAACGUACGCCCCAGUCCGACUCAGUCACAAUGCGUCGCGUUUCCGCAGACCUAUCUGACCCCUCUCGAAACAUCGAAGAAUCCGUGGGCACUCCGGACCCGUCAGCUAUAGAUGCCGAUCUAGAUAUGGCUCUGAUGACGCCAGAGGAGGACAGCACCAGAAUAUACACACCACCUCCGCACAUUGCCGCACGAUUUUACCGGCCUACCCAAAACCGUCGAAAAGAUUCGGCUGCCUCGUCGCGUCGAAAUUCCAUCUCUUCUGCACAGUCGCGCUCCUCCCAUGGCUUCGUCCACAAUGUCGGCCCCCAGAGCAAGUAUAUUGCUCAGCAAAUGCGACGUGCUUCUAUUUUGGAGGAUCGGAAGGCGCGCUUGGCCGACAGGGCGGCGCACGCGGAAAAAGUGCGCCUAAGAGCGGCCCUAGCGAAGGCGGCUCACCAGAAGAGUUCGAACCUCGAAGAACGUGCGUUGGCUGCAGCACAGGCCAGAGAGAAAAAUCUUGCUGAAAUCGUCGCUGCGUGCGCCGAGGAGGUAAAGCGGGCUAAGGCAGUGGCCGAAAGUAUGAAAGAAAAGAGGGAGCACGAAUUGCGUAAGCUCAAGGCUCAUAUGGAGGAACGAUUAGCCGAGGCUGAGAAGAGGAGGGAAGAACUACGCAGUCGUCAUGCUGCUAGACGAUCUAGAGGCCAAAGCAUCAUGACCAAGAAGUCUGAUACGAGCAGUUUGCCUGAGGAGGACGAGCACGAAUCUUCAAGCAUGAGUGAUGUCGUUCUCAUGAGUGAGGAUGUUGCAGUGUCCAAGAUCCAAUGGUGGUGGAGAGGAGUAUUGAGGAGGAAGGCUGUGCACCAAUUCUCCGAGCUGGGUUUGAACAUUGACAGUGUUCGGGAUACCUCUUUUGAGCAAGUGACUGAACUCCUUGCGCAAGAGAAAGUCCUUGUGCUCACGGCGAGGGUGUUGAACAUCUGUGGCUUGCAAGAGGGUGAGGCAGGGUCAGUGAAUGAGAUGACCGCUGUCCGAACCUUCCUAAGCGCCUUCUUAAUCCUGGGCCACCCUACCCAGGUUCUUAGCAAUAAGGAUCACAGGGGAGAGCAGGAGCAGGUUGGAUCCUCUCAAGGGCAACCCAUACCUCAUGAUGACCUGGCUAAUCCACAGUUACAGGAUCUCGUCGCCAAGGCAAGGGACUUGCUUAUCUCGUUCGAGAACAUCCUCUCCCGACUAACUUCCAUGAACAACUAUACUACUCCACCAGCAUUACAAGGAGCUUUACCAGAGUCGUAUGCGACGUUCCACAAUGCUUUCAUAGCGUGGAAGGCGCGCGAUUCGAAUGCGUUGGUCGAAGUGAUGCUCUUGCAAUUCGUAGAGCUUGACGCAAUCCUUCAAAGCGUAAAGGAUCGCACCGAAGAGGUUGUUGCCGAGUCUUAUCGAGAGAGCAUCAAGGACAAUCAACUUAUGCUGAUGGUCCGGAUCAAGAGACUUGCCGGUGCCGAGCAGGGCAAGAGGAUGAUUUUCGAGGCUGUCAAACAGGCCAGGAAAGCCAGGGCCGCGAAGAAGCCUGCGGGUGACAUGAGACCAAGAGUUGCAGAGCAUUCUUUAAAUAAUGCCAACCCGGUUGGGGACAACGCAACAGCAGAACAUGUUGUUUCUUCGCAACUCCAGACGCUCACGCCUCCGCCGACCCCACUGAGGGAGAGGGAGUCGAAGCAAAGCGUACUUCAACCAAGCUAUCCCCCGAUACUUCCGGAUAACCGGAUCAUUGUUCACGAAUUGGCCAUUAAUCGCGAAUACCGUAUCGAGUAUCAGCAUUUUCAAGAGCAACAUAAGCUUCGUAUGAUUCCCCUUUUCGAGGACUUAAGAACCAACCCUGGGAAUGAGGAGAAAGAGUUCCAUUACCUCAUUAUAAUGGCCAAUUACAUCAGGGAUAGACUUCAGCAUCUGGUUCAACCCGGCACGCCCAUGCAUACGUUCAUUGGAGAAAUGCUCGACACUGAAGUUGCUCAGCGACAAUUCUUAGCGGGCAGCUUCUCGUACCAGCAGUUCUUCUCGUCGAUUGGAUCUCUCCUUCCUAAGCUUUGCGCACCGGUUCGCGACGACGAAGUAAAGGACCUGGUGGAUAAUAAACUUAGCCAAGGUGAUGUCGUUGAUCGCCUCGAAGCGCUACUCUCGUUCAUUGACACUAUGCUCUACGACUACGCAAAUUACAUGUUGCAAGUCGCAGCACCAAGUCUCGUAGAGCACGCCUCUGCAUAUGAAACAAAAAGAUUUGCCGAGGACUUGGACAGCGGCACUAUCACGUUGUCUCAUGCGGAAGCUUCGUGGCGAAACGCACGCAAUAAGGUACACGCGGAAGUGGCUCGCCGUGAUCCCGAAGGAAUCAACCAUCCGCGCUCGCGGCCCACUCCGGACAAGAUCUAUUGGCAGAUGUUGUUAGACGAGUUUACACAGCCAUCACCCUCAGAAGAUACUAUACCGGAACCACUUGCUCUUGACGCAAAACGCCGUGCACGUCUCGGCUGUCAGACAAUACGUAUUGUCACUGCCGGUGCUAUUCUCCUGCAAUGCAAGAACUUGCUUAAGCGCGAUGUCCGGGCCCCUUGGAAGACAGAAGCUGGGCGUAUAUUUACUGUUCUUGAGUCCAUGGAUGACGAAUCGAAGCCACUUCCUCAGUCUACUGCUAUUCAUGGUAUCAUGGCAGCGCUAGAAGCUGGACGGUCGAUGCCUGCGGCUACGAAGGCGCACCUACAGGCCCUUGUAACCAAGGUGCUUGCCGCUAGUAUAGAUGCGAGGCGUGAAAACAUAGACCCGAGAGAGCCUGUAUUGAGAUUGCUCUUGACGCGGAUGAGGGGCCAUAUUCUAGCCAGAAUACAAGCAGGUUCUGCAAGUGAGAAGGUUAAGGCGACUAGUACAGCUGGAGAGAAGCUUGCGAGUCUGGGGCUACCUGAGUUUGUUGAGAAGAUACGAGAAAUAGUUGAUGAAAUUGUCAGGGUGGGAGCCGUAGAUCGGGAAGCUCAUGGAGUAUGGUGGGAAGAGGUCGCCGAAAAGGUGAACAAGGAAGACUCUGCCGCUACUUCGGGGUCCUCAUAAACGUGGAGGGUGUCAGUGGUCAGGGCAUGAUUAUAUUUCAACACUACUAGAACGUCGGGUACACAUUAUGAAGGGGUAUCGGUUUAUUUCUGGGACGAGGCGUUUUUUUCAAGUGGGCAUUUCACAUGUGUGAAGACGAAGGAUGGAUUGUAUUUUUUGGAACAGGCCGGAUGCCUUGUUUGGAAGGAUACCUUUUGCAUCAGCGCAUAUUCGGGUUCGUUAUGGUUGCUUCGUAUUGCUUGGAGGUUAGCUAUCCUACACGUACAGUUGUAACCGGUCUGGGAGAAUAUAUGCUAUUUCGGUAGCGAAGAGUAUUCGUGAGACGCACACACUCAAUUCAGAACGCAAGAUACACAUGAAUAAUGCCUCCUAUUUUUUUAA